UCCUACGUUGCACGUACCUAGAGCAGCAGGUAUGGAUGGUACUCGGUCCUAUGACUUGGACGUCGAGGGUUUCUUUUCACGGCUCUCUCUGGGCUCGUCAUCCUCGGCCGCGCACCCGGAUUUAGGAAUUCAGACGCCAGGCGUGCCUUGCAAGCUUCCAUACGGCGGGUUUACCCUGUGUAAACAAUCUAUAACCCUUCAGGUCAUGUUCGAACAGGUACCUCGGAGCCUCCGGCUGAUUACAAUAUACCCUGUACCCACCCGACUAGGUAUAAAGUCCUAAGCCAGUCUCUUUACCUCCGGAUUGUGAUACCGAAAGCAUAGCCAGCAUGACCUCACUCAAAGAGCAAAUUGCCGCUGAGCCCAUCGACGAUGACUGCUACCGCUCCGUCGUCACUCCCAUUCGCAUGGGCGAUCUGGCCGACUGGGCCUACGGCGGCAACACCUUGGCCAUCGCUGUUAAGGCCGCCUAUGCGACCGUCACAGCGGACCAGCACCUGUACUCCAUCAGUGGCCAUUUCCUGCGACCCGCCAGCACAUCACAGAAGCUCAUCUGCCGCGUCGAGCGCAUCCGAGACACCCCGGUCUUCCAAACAAGGCACCUUCGCGUGAUCCAGCACACAGGGGAAUCCGAACAUCUAUGUCUGAUUGCAACGGCAGAUUUCCACAUCGAUGAACCGGUUGACAUGGUGAAUUAUUCCGCUCAACCACAGCUCCCCGUCCCGUCAUCGCCGGCGACAGAAACAGCGACAGAGAAAACGCAAGAACCAGGACUCUACAGGGUUCUGGAUACAAUGAUGGAGCUCCACCCGCACUCUGCCAAACAUCACGGGAUAAGAAAAGUCUCGGACAUGGUCUCGGCUGAGCGGUUCCGAAUCCACGAGGCACUUCACGCCGAGGCGGACCGAAUCGCUGCUCUGGCGUUCUGUAUGGAUCGCGGACUUGCGUAUAUCCCGGCUAACCAUUCCGGUUACAGCUUGCUUCAGGCCAGUGCCUGUGCGACUCUCGACUUUGCGCUGCGGGUGUUAACGCAUGAUGUGGAUUUGCAGAAUUGGCAUGUUAGCGAGAGGCAGACCUGUGGCGCGGGGAAUGCGAGAGCGCUCUGCGAAGGGAGGGUCUUCAAUGGAGACGGCCGGUUGCUGGCGAGUAUGACGCAGAAGACGAUUCUGAGGCCGAAGACGGGGGCCUCGAGGAUUUGA